AAAUACAAAAUGCUACUGGGAGGUGUACUCUAAACCCUAAUUACCAAAACCCCUUUUCUCUCUGCGCGCGCUCUCUCUCCCCUCCCUCCUCUCUCUCUCUCUCUCAAGUCUCUCUGUGUCUCUCGGUAGAAGGAUGGGCAAGACAGAGUAUAAGAGGCUAAAAGGAAGCCAAAGCUUCAGGCUUCGUUUACUACUCUCAACUCUCACUUCAAUUCCUGUCCUAAUUGAAGACAUCCGUGCCGAUGACACGUGGCCUGGUCUCCGUUCCCACGAAAUCUCCUUUCUCCGCUUGCUCGAAACCAUCACAGACGGCUGCCAUGUCGAAAUUAAUGAAACUGGUACGAAAUUGAAGUACAAGCCAGGGGUUGUCAUGGGAGGGAAGAAUUUGGUUCAUGAUUGCGGUCUUAAUCGGGCUAUUGGCUAUUUCUUGGAGCCUCUGCUUGUUCUUGGCUUGUUUGGGAAAAAGCCCCUCUCCAUUAGACUUAAAGGGAUUACAAAUGACCUGAAGGACCCUUCUGUUGAUACCUUCCGUUUGACUACCUUACCCAUUUUGAAAUGUUUUGAUGUUCAAGAAGGCUUGGACCUGAAAAUUGAAAGUCGUGGAGCUGCUCCGAAUGGCGGUGGAGAAGUUUUGCUGUCUGUUCCCAUUGUUCGUGAUGGUUUAAAAGCAGUCAUGUGGAAAGAUGUGGGAAUGGUAAAGAGGAUCAGAGGAGUUACUUUUUCGACAAGAGUUUCUGUUCAGUUUGAAAAUGCCAUGAGACAUGCAGCCCGUGGAAUCUUUAAUCGCUUGCUCCCGGAUGUUCACAUUUUCACUGAUCACAAAGCGGGUGCAUUAUCUGGGAAGUCUCCUGGCUAUGGAAUUUCACUGGUUGCUGAGACAACAUCUGGUUGUUAUUUAUCUGCUGAUACUGCAGUUUCUUACGGACAAAGGGUGGAAGAAGGUGCAUUUAAUGAUGAAGAGAAUAAUGAGCUAACACCUCCGGAAGAAGUUGGUGAGCAUAUUGCUUCACUUUUACUUGGGGAGAUUGAACAAGGUGGUGUGGUUGACUCCACACACCAGGGAUUGUUGUUCCUUCUUUGUGCCUUGUGUCCAGAGGAUGUUUCAAAGGUUCGUGUAGGGAAGCUUUCACCCUAUGGGAUAGAAACACUCAGACAAAUCAAAGAAUUUCUAGGGAUUGAAUUUGCGUUCAAACCAGACCCAUCAAACGGAACAGUCAUUUUAAUAUGCAUCGGAUCUGGAAUGAAGAAUUUUGCAAGAAAAAUGUCGUAAAUUUAACACACAAGCAGCAUUCGUGGUUGCCACAAGUUGAAGCACGUUGAAAAGCACAACCUUGAUAUGGUUUGAUAGGAUCAACAUGGUUGGCCACCAUCAAGUUUUGUUCCCUAAUUUUUUUAUAUUUUGUCUCGAGUUGUAAUUUUUAAUACAGCCACAAUGUAAUCUCUACUUCACUAAUUUUGUCUAGAAGCAAAUUCUUUUCAGCACAUUGUGGUUAUCAGUCAUUUAUCUGAAACAAAAACGUUGCCUUGAGUGGUUUUUCAAUGUUAAAUUUGUUUUAUUUUUUUA